UUGACAAGAAACACCCGGAUGUUAUUGGGGGGGUCAUCAACACUAUGUCUCGUGAUAUGGCGACAGAUCGUCACCCAACGGAUUGAUUGAGCUACAAGCUCAAAACAAGCUGCGUAUUUGUUUUUAUUUAUCACCGACUGAGAUCUUUUUGUUUACACUCAACACGAAGAAGAUGCUACAGUGAUCUGCCGUUUUUUUUUUUUUUUUGGACAAAUUAGCACAAUGUCAGGGAACAAUCUGGUUCUACCCAUUGUUCUAUGGGGCCGCACGGCUCCGACCCACUGUAUCAGCAGCCUGUUGGUGAUGGACGACUUCAGCACAAUCAUCACUGGCUGCCAUGAUGGACAAAUCUGCCUUUGGGACAUGACAUCGGAGCUGCAGAUUUGUCCCAGGGCCAUGUUAUUUGGUCACACAGCCUCUAUCACCUGUCUGUCUAAAGCCAGCGCCUGCAGUGAUAAACAGUACAUUGUCAGCGCAUCAGAGAGUGGGGAGAUGUGUUUAUGGGAUGUAAAUGAUGGUCGCUGUAUUGAAUUUACCAAACUGGCUUGCGCUCACACUGGCAUACAGUUCUAUCAGUUCACUAUUGGCACUCAGCGAGAAGGUCGUCUGCUCUGUAAUGGCCAUUACCCUGAGAUUCUUGUGGUAGAUGCCACCAGUCUGGAGGUGCUGUACUCGCUGGUGUCCAAAAUCUCCCCUGACUGGAUCAGUUCCAUGAGCAUUAUCCGAUCACACCGCACACAAGAGGACACAGUCGUGGCAGUGUCAGUGACAGGCAUUUUAAAAGUCUGGAUGAUCACAGCAGAGGUCAACAGGAUGCAGGACCUGGACCCGGUGUUUGAAGAGGAGUCCAAGCCCAUCUACUGUCAGGGCUGUCAGAGUAUUUCGUUCUGUACUUUCACUCAGAGCAGCCUGCUGGUUGUCUGCUCCAAGUUCUGGAGGGUUUUUGAUGCAGUUGACUAUUCACUGCUCUGCUCCGUGCCCAGUGACAUUGACAAGGCCUGGGCUGGGGGAGAGUUCAUUGCAGCAGACAAAGUCAUCAUCUGGACUGAAGACGGCUGCAGUUACAUCUACAACCUACCAGCCAGCUGUCUACCUGCUAGUGUACAUUUCCGAAGUGAUGUGGGCAAAAAAGAAGGCUCAAUUCCGCCAUUGAUCUACAGCCUAGAGAAUCUAACAGACAAACAGCUCCUGAUUUGUCCUCCUGUGACUCGCCUCUUCUUUGGUCGACGGGAGCCCUUCUAUAAGCUACUGAUCCAGGGAGACUCUGCAGGCCGACUGUCUCUCUGGAGCAUGCCAGACUCCUCGCCUCCAUGCCCACUGACCACUCCGGCAGGUCAGGAACUGCAGGUCUCAUCCACCAUCAGCCUCCAAGAGGCUUUUGAUAAAUUGAUUCCUGUCUCUUCUGGUAUCAUUGACCAGCUCAGCAUCCUGCCUAGCAAAGAGGAACCCAUUAAGGUGACGGCUAGUGUGUACAUCCCCUCCCAGGGUCGACUAGUGUGUGGAAGAGAAGAUGGCAGCAUUAUUUUGGUUCCUGCUACUCAGACUGCCAUUGUUCAGUUGCUACAGGGAGAACACAUGCUUAGAAGAGGAUGGCCACCCCACCGUACACUCCGAGGUCAUAGGAAUAAGGUGACAUGUGUCCUGUAUCCGUACCAGAUAUCUCCUCGCUACGACCAGCGCUCUUUGGUGUCAGGAGGGGUAGACUUCUCUGUCAUUGUGUGGGACAUUUUCACUGGAGAGAUGAAGCACAUUUUCUGCGUCCAUGGAGGAGAGAUUACUCAGCUCAUUGUCCCACCAGAAAACUGCAGUACUCGGGUGCAACACUGCGUCUGCUCUGUUGCCAGCGACCACUCGGUUGGCCUGCUCAGUCUUAGGGAAAGGAAAUGCAUCAUGCUUGCAUCGCGGCACUUGUUCCCAAUCCAAGUCAUCAAGUGGCGCCCCACAGAUGACUACCUUGUUGUUGGAUGCUCUGAUGGCUCUGUUUAUGUCUGGCAGAUGGAUACAGGGGCCCUGGAUCGCUGUGUGAUGGGUAUAACUGCUGUAGAGAUUCUCAAUGCCUGUGAUGAGUUGGCUCCGGCCACUGUGGACGCCUUGAGCCAUUCGGCAGUGAACCUGAAGCAGGCAAUGACUCGCCGGAGCCUGGCGGCACUAAAGAACAUGGCUCAGCACAAACUGCAAACACUUGCCACCAAUCUGCUGGCGGCAGACAAUGCUGACAAGGGAAACCUACCCAAAUACUCCCAUAACGCACUGGUGGUCCAGGCAAUGAAGACCAACCUCACGGACCCAGACAUGCAUGUGCUGUUCUUUGACGUGGAAGCAGUGAUCAUCCAGUUGCUGACAGAAGAAGCUCAGAGGCCAAAUCCCAUGCUGGUGUCCCCUGAGACGCUUCAGAAAAGCCAGGCUGGGGCUGACAAGGGAGGCUCUUUCCUGGCCAACAAGAUCUUCAAGCAGGUAAAGGAAACAAUGAAGGAGACCAUCAAGGAGCACCUGCUGGACGAAGAUGAGGAAGAGGAGGAGGAGAUGAGGAGGCGCGAGGAGAAAUCAAAGUCUCUGAGUCUUCUAGAGUACAACCUGACAAUGGACACAGCCAAACUCUUCAUGUCCUGUUUGCAUGCCUGGGGCCUAAACGAGCGGUUGGACGGUAUCUGUCUGGAGAGACUCGGCAUGCUCAGGCCACACUGCCCCAUCUCUUUUGGCCUAAUCUCCAGAGGAGGUCACAUGUCCCUCAUGCUGCCCACCUUUAAGGAGUCUUUGCUGCAGCAGUUGUCCCUUGCAACAGGUCAGAAGCUGACAUUGUCAGACAUUGUUGGCAAGGGGACAUACGGUGUGUCAAGGGCAGUAACUACGCAGCACCUCCUGUCUGUCAUCUCUCUGGCCAACACUCUGAUGGGCAUGACCAAUGCCACCUUUGUUGGCGAGCACAUGAAGAAGGCACCAUCCAGGCCUCCCAGACCAGGAGGAACCCCGGAGACUCCUCGUAGGACGCCGGCCACACCCCCUCAGCCCUCCAACCCGGCGCUACAAGCCCAGAUCAAACAAGUUGCUGUAGCCACCACAGCCAGCACCGUUUCUGCUGCCGCUACAACUGCUGGGCCUCCGGGGGCCCCUGGGGUUCUUCCUCAGAGGGCCCCUGGCUCCCCCAGCCCUGGUCCUGCUUCUCAUAGCAUCCCCUCAGUCAAUGAAGGUUGGAGCCAGCUGGCAGCAAUGCACUGUGUAAUGCUGCCUGACCUCUUGGGUCUGGAUAAGUUUAGACCUCCGCUACUAGAAAUGCUGGCCAGGAGAUGGCAGGACCGCUGUCUGGAGGUGCGCGAAGCAGCACAAGCUUUACUGUUGGCUGAGUUGAGAAGGAUCGGCCAAUCAGGGCGUAAGGACACCAUUGAUUUGUGGGCACCUUACCUGCCUCAAUAUGUGGACACAGUCAGCUCCCCUGGCACAUCUACUGAACCCUCAACUCCAGCCCAGCCCCCUACUGAAGCUCAGCCACUUGAGGUCAAGGCUCCUGAAGAAGAAAUGGACGUAACUGACGACGACAUCACUGCAGGCUGCCUCUCAAACCUUCCACCGAAUGCCAAGAAGAUCUCAAAUUCAUAUGAGGAGCGGCGGAAACAGGCCACUGCCAUUGUGCUGCUGGGUGUCAUCGGGGCUGAGUUUGGGGCCGAGAUUGAACCUCCAAAAGGUGCAGCACGUACUCGAGCCGGCGGACAGGUCCCUGAAGGCUUUGGACCAACAAGUGGCGGUUCCUCAAACUAUUCCCUUGCAAGACACACAUGUAAAGCAUUGACCUUCCUGUUGCUGCAGCCCCCCAGCCAAAAGCUGCCACCACACAGCACAAUCCGCCGCACUGCCAUCGAUCUGAUCGGUAGAGGCUUCACCGUGUGGGAGCCAUACAUGGACGUGUCCGCGGUGCUCAUGGGAUUGCUGGAGCUCUGUGCUGAUGCAGAGAAGCAGCUGGCCAAUAUUACCAUGGGUUUGCCGCUCAACCCACCAGCAGAUUCGGCUCGUUCAGCCCGACACGCCCUCUCUCUUAUUGCAACUGCCCGGCCGCCUGCCUUCAUCACCACCAUUGCAAGAGAGGUCCACCGAUACAAUGCAGCCCAGGCUAACUCUCAGUCACAGCAGAACGUUCACACCACCACUCUGGCUCGAGCCAAGACUGAAAUAUUGAGAGUGAUUGACAUCCUGAUAGAGAAGAUGCCUGGAGAUGUUGUCGACUUGCUUGUUGAGGUGAUGGAUAUAAUCAUGUACUGUAUUGAAGGUUCUCUGGUAAAGAAGAAAGGGCUACAAGAGUGUUUUCCUGCUAUUUGCAAGUUCUACAUGGUGGGUUACUGCGACCGCAGUAACCGCAUUGCUGUCGGAGCUCGUCAAGGUUCAGUGGCCCUCUACGACGUUCGCACUGGAAAAUGCCAGAAUAUCCAUGGUCAUAAGGGCCCAAUCACAGCGGUGUCAUUUGCCCCUGAUGGGCGUUACCUGGCAACAUACUCCAACGCUGACAGUCACAUCUCCUUCUGGCAGAUGAACACCAGUCUGCUGGGCAGCAUCGGGAUGUUGAACUCGGCCCCUCAGCUGCGCUGCAUUAAGACCUACCAGGUGCCUCCGGUCCAGCCGGCAUCUCCUGGCUCCCAAAAUCACUUGAAGCUCGCCCGCCUGAUCUGGACGUCCAACCGGAACGUCAUCCUGAUGGCACAUGACGGCAAGGAGCACCGCUUCAUGGUUUGAAUGGGAUACUGUGAAGUUUAGCUCCAGUUCUUGUAUGGAUCACACCAACAUCCAGCGUCUAGCUUCAUGGUUAUUGUGGACCUACUGUGAAGAAGCGAUUACUCUGGGCACUGACGUUUUACUUUCAAAAUCAUGUAGAAUCAGGCUUAGAUUGAAGGCUUAAUAAAAGCAACCAAACCAUUUUAAAAAGAAAGAUCCUGCUCUAAAUGUAGGUUUAUUUGUGUAUAUAGUAUUGUUUUAUCUCCCACAGUGAUACUCAUGAAGGAACUCACUUGAUAUAUGUAUUUACUGAAACACAACGCUUACGUUCUAAUUUGCAUCCAUGUCAUUUUAAUUAUUUAUAACUUCUAGUCAUUCCUAAUUAUUUGUUUGUUUCCCCCCUUAGUCACAAUUGGAGCCAUUAGCGGGUCCCGGCAUUCAUUGCUAUUUAUUUAAUGUCAGUCUUGAUUAUACUAGCAAAUUAUGUUUGGUUCAUUGUGUUGAAUUUUUAGGAAGCAAUUUUAUUUUAUAACUGGAUAAAUCAUUUCACUUGACAUAUGCGAGUAGAUACAGUUCGUUGCAAGUGGGUGCUGUUAAAAUACGAGUUGUGGUUUGAUGCCAUAUCCUCUCAUGGCAUCAUCCGUUGCUUUGGUUAUCAUUGCGCCUUCUUCAAUGGAGCAGAAUGGGUCAGCUUGUAGCGUGGUCAUCUCUUAAAUCUCUUAAAGUCAUGUAAACUAAACCCUAGUUGCUCUUGAUAGGGCACGUUAAUGUGAAAACUGUCACUGUCGUGUAACUGAGAAAGCAUUGUCAUAACACGUCGAGUCCAUGUUACCGUUAUUUGACAUUUCAUGGCAAGCCGUCAAAACAUGAGUGAGAUGCAUCCUACAGGAAUAUUUGCCGUUUAACACAUUUGCAUAUUAGCCCGUAUUAAAAAACAAAACCAAAAAAAAAGUCAUUUUGACUUUAGUACAUUACCAGCCCUCAAACAAACACAGUUAACAGCAUGUCAAUGGUAUACAAAUAUUGCUGGAUGUUCAGAUAUUUCAAGGAAAUGGGAUGGUGUUUUAUGAUGCCGAUGGCACAUACUUCCCCUUGUUCCCACUUCAUUUUUUUCAUUGCACCGGCAUCCGUUCUGCUCAGUAGAUUAAAUCUCUACAUGUACAGUAUUUAUAGUCGAGCUGCCUUGUAACGUAGUCUAGUAUAUAUCUUGCACAGUGUCCGAUUUGUCUCUUGUGGUAUAUGUGAUUGUCUGAACGCCUGCCUUACAUUUACUUGUAAUCAGUGAGUUUCUGCGUUAAAACAAACAAAUGCACUAAUUGGACUACAUAAUUACAUUUAAAAUAGCUUCUCACCAUGUCUUUGUCAGUUGCCAAUGCAGCUUUACUCGGCAUACUUGCUGCUUAAUACUACUAGCCUACAACGGAAAGAUGAAAAUGGUACACACACCGAAGUCAGUCAGUUUGGUUAUGCAUUGGAAAGAAAGUAAUCCAGCUUUUGAAGUAUGGCCCUCCACAUGCAUUGCUUCUCACGGUGGGCUACUGGCAGCCUUCCCACCACACCUGGUGCAUGAAGCACAUAAAAGAAAGUCAAAUGUCUUUUUGAUUAAUGCUCACCAUGAUCCUGUGACACGUGUUGCAUGCAAUGACAUGCAUGUUUUUGCUUUUUUGGGUGGUGUGGGGCAAAUCAUUAUGGUCUGGAUCUAUUUGCCUCACAGUUCAGUUACAUGCAGUUUUAUGCACAAAGAGGAAUAUAUUCAUGGAUUUACGAUCGAUUUAUCAAGUGAUGGUUACGUUUUAAUUGUAAUCCAAUUUAAGCAGUGUGAAUUUAGUUUUUGGAAAUAUGGCUCAUUUACCCUUCCACUCUCCCUACUGUCCUUGUUCCUUCCUCGAUCUCCUGUCAGUUUUCAUUGGUGGUGUCAGAAAGCUUCUAACAGUGCUACACACCUGUAAACACAAGUGUUAAAGCUUUUCACAAGUUUCUUCUCAAUUUAGAGGGGAGGGGGGGGUGGGGGCAUCCAGUAGCUCAUCAGACUGCGCUUGAGACCUCCUCACCAAUGCAGUGGAUAUAAGAAGUCUUACACACUCUUGUUCAAAUGCCAGGUUUUUGUGAUGUCAAAAAAUGAUCAAAAUAGUAAUUUCUGUCAAGAAAAGCUUACUAGAACAUCUGAACUGUAUUAAUCAGAGAGUUUAAAUGGUGGGUUUGAAUCUGAUUGGGUAAUUCUGAAGACAGCCACACCCCUAAUUUUAAGAGGGUGUGCGCACUUGUGCAACCACAUUAUUUUUACUCCCCUACCAAAAAGUAUUUGAUUUAUUUUGUUUUUCAAUUGAGUCGUACAGAUUAUAGGUCACAUUUAUGGUGGAAAAAGUCUUGAAAUAUGAAUCUUGUUCUCGUUUUUUGGGGCUCACAAAAACAAAAAACAUUUGUACAGGUGUGUGUAGACUUUUUAUAUCGACGGUAGGUCCAAAGAGCAUUGAGAUCUCAUUCUUCGGUUUUCUCCAGCAUGCUCAAGGUUUGGAAAAAAGCUGUUUAUGUCGGCCUCUCAAGGGAGCGAAGGUGAGAAAACGAAGGCAAAAGCUGAAGAGUAAGUAACAAGUGAGGAAGAUCAGUCAUCCAAAAAAAAAAAAAAAAAAAAAGGAAAACAUUCUUUGGUGAAGGUGGUGAACCGAAAAAGCUUAAGUGGCAUGAUGCAAUGUGGUAGAAAUCGUCAGGGUUAAUACAACAUCAUUUUAUGACAUUCAACUGGAUUAUUUUGGCAAAGAUGAUGAACAUUUUAAGUCCAUUUUUAGCAACUUAUUUCUGUUUGACAGCUUCUUCACCUUCAGCUCAAUUGUCAAGACCCCCCCAAAAAAAAAAGAUUUGCAUUACAUAAUCAAAAUGUCAUCUUUGACCUUCCUCUUCAAAUAAGUAAUAAGAGUGCAGUAAAAUAUAAUGGCCUCCACUCAUGAGGAUUUUAAUGUUUAGUUUUAAUCACCUUGCCUCAGUUGCUAUUGUUACGUGUUUGAGAGUAACAAACAUAUUGUAAAGGGAGGAUUCAUUUAGGGCCAUUGUAUUAUACUGUAUAGGUGUACCUUAUUAAGUGACUCGUGACUAUCGUGUUCAUGUGCUGUAAGAAUAUUAACUUGCGUGUGUGUAUAGUGCAUGCAUGUUGUGACCCUCUCUGAAACAGUUUGAAUCCACUGUGUAUCAAAUGUGUAGUGCUAAGCUGUGUUCUUGUUUUGACCAUGUGACUAAUAAAGAUGGACAUCAGACAGAU